AGGUUCCGUGUUCCAAAUCACAAAGAUGUAGUACGACAGCGUGCGACAUCUCAAUCUUUGUCUUCGCCUUUGGAAUUCUGGGUCCUAUAAUUUGUAGACAGCAAACAGAGAAACUAAGGUUGUUUUGGAUUUGGAGGAGUUGAAAGAGGAAGAAAUGGCUGAUGGGGAAGAGAAAGGCAGUGACUUCUAUGCAGUUUUAGGGUUGGACAAGGAAUGCACAGACUCGGAGCUCAGAAAUGCCUAUAAGAAACUUGCACUGAGAUGGCACCCGGAUCGCUGUUCUGCCCCCGGAAAUUCUAAGUUCGUGGAAGAAGCCAAAAUAAAAUUCCAAGACAUUCAACAAGCCUAUUCUGUUUUAUCUGACGCGAAUAAGAGGUUUCUUUACGAUGUAGGAGCCUAUGGCAGUGAUGAUGACGAAAACAAUGGGAUGGGUGAGUUUUUGAACGAAAUGGCAAUGAUGAUGAGCCAAACGAAGCCUAAUGAAGAUGGGAAGGAGACGUUUGAAGAAUUGCAGGAUCUUUUUGAUGAAAUGUUUCAAGGGGAUAUUGGGAGUUAUGGGUCUGCUUCUCGGACCCCUAGUUCCUGUUCUACUUCUUCGUAUGCAUCCUAUUGUGAAAGCUCAAGUUCCAAUAACAAGCGUGAUUGCUCUGAAAUGAACUAUGAGAAGGUGACCUUGGAUGAUCCUUCUGGCUUCGACAAUCAUUUUCCGAGUUUUUGUGUAGGGACAGGUGGGAAGCCGUCAAGACAACGGGAAGGCAACGGCAGCAAGAGAAGGGAUUCGCGCAGAAACCACCGGUAAUCGAAGGCAGGGCAGGAAACAAAAGGUCACAUCUGGGCAUGAUGUUUCUUCGAAUGACUACUCUGGCAUAUCGGCUAGAUGAAGUUAUUGAUCCUGUUACUUUAUGGACUUACUGGGAAAUUAGUUUGGCAAAAAUUUUAAAUCACCCUGGAGAGUGCAGAAGCGGUAAUACCUCCAUCAUGAAGAAAAUACUUGUUACUGUUGGGCAGCAUUGUAGGGUUAGCAGAGGGUUGAAUGGGUUAGGAUUUAUGCUUCAUUGUAUGAAAUUCCUGCCAUGCCAUGCUAGUGGUAAUGGCAGAGUCUCAAAGUCUUCAGUUGUAAUGUUAGUUAUCUAUUGAAGUUGUAAUGGAUUCUUAAAAGUGUUUGAUUAGUUAUUUGGCUCUGUAAUUUGUA